AUGAAGCUUGACAGGGAGAUGGAGAUGCUCCUCAACGAGAUCCCUCUCCUCCUCCACGGCGACGUCAUCGGCUGCGGCGAGCCAGCCGCCGCGGAGACCGACACCGACGCCGUCGACUUCUCUUACCUCAUUCAAGAACUCGGCGAGAUGGGGUUCGUCGAGGACGACGACGAUGACGACGACAACGGUUUCCUUCACCCCAGGAAGGCCAGCUCAUCCCCGACGAGCAACCUCCAUUUCAUGGACGCCGAGAAUUUCGUGGCGUCGCGUCCCUUCUCCAUGGACAAAGACCGCGAGAGGGCUCUGUUCGAUCCGUUCCCCUUCUCCAGCACCUGCUUCGACGCCGCCGUGGACGACGACUGGGACCUCCUGUGUCCGCCGGCGAGGUCCCGGCUGUGCAAGACGGCGAGGCCGAAGAAGGGUACCUGCAGCAAUGGCUGCCAGGCGACGAGCCCCAAGAUGUGCGCGGCGGCGAAGCCGUCCAAGUACGAGAGCCUUGUCGGGCUGCGCGGGUACAUGUACCACGUGGCCAGGGACCAGCACGGCUGCCGGUUUCUCCAGCAGCGGCUCGACGACGGCAAGCGCGAGGUCGAUUUCAUCUUCACCGGCGUCGCCCGUCACGCCGUCGACCUCAUGGUGAACCCGUUCGGGAACUACCUCAUGCAGAAGCUGUUAGCCGUCUGCAGCGAGGAGCAGAGGAUGGGCAUCGUGCUCACCCUCACAAAGGACCCCUUCGUGCUCGUCAGGAUCUCUCUCAAUGUACAUGGGACAAGGGCAGUACAGAAACUGAUUGAAAGCUUGAGGGCAAGGGAGGAGAUCCAGCUGGUCGUCGCAGCUCUGCGCCCCGGGUUCCUGGAGCUCAUAAAGGAUCCUAAUGGUAAUCAUGUCGUGCAGAAGUGCUUGCAAUCGUUCGGGGCUGAUGAUAACAAGCCCAUCUUCGAUGCUGCUGCUGUUUAUUGCCUUGAUAUCGGGAUGCAAUGCCAUGGCUGCUGCGUCCUGCAGCGGUGUAUUGCGCGUUCCACGGGUGAGCACAAGGAGAAGCUGGUUGCCGCAAUCGCUCGCAAUGGGUUCGAACUUGCACAAGAUGCCUAUGGAAACUAUGUUGUUCAGUAUGUGAUAGAGCUAAAGGUCGCUACUGCAAAUGCAAGUCUGGCACAGCAGUUUGAAGGCAAGUACAUCCACCUUUCCAUGCAGAAGUUCAGUAGCAACGUUGUCGAGAAAUGCCUGAAAGUUUUCAAGGAAGCCGACAAAACCAACAUCAUCCUGGAGCUCCUUUCUGCGCCACAGUUCGAGCGGUUGCUUCUGCACCCUUACGCAAACUAUGUGGUCUACGCAGCACUUCAGAAUUCGAAGGGGUCUCUCCACUCAGCACUGACCAACGCCAUCCGGCCUCAUGUGGAACUACUCAGAACCAGCCCAUACUGCAAGAGGAUCUACUCUCGAGCUUUGCUGAAGAAGUGA